CUUUCCUACUCUAUCCGGAGUAUUGUCAACGCAAAAUGUCGCAACUGGAGGGGCAGAAUCUGCAGAGUCAGCAGUAGGUUUCUCACGAUCCAUCAUUUUGCAUUUGGAUCAUACGGAGUAGCGUUCCUUGAUUGACAUAAACCCCACUUACUAUUUACUUCCAGGCAAUAUAUACUCGGUAUCACAUUUUCUUCCAGUCAUCUACCCGUCAGGCCUUCAGUGGAGCGUUCGGUGUAUGAACGGCAUGGAAGCACGCUAGAAAAUUAUCCUCGACAAAUGUCGAUCCGAGUUCAUGGGUGCUUGGUUAAAUACGAGGAAACUGUUUGAUCUUUGUUUCAAGACUUGACAAAUAGCCGUUUGCCUCGGAUGACUCUCACCCGAUACUUCUAUUGUUUCUGCGAUUCAGUCAAGAGUUCUCUACAGGGGAUGCUGGAAAUCUCGGGGCACACGACCACAGCAUCGUAUUUAGAGAUGACGUCUGACUGUGAGCGGUUCAGAUAAUAAGGCUUUUGGGCACUAAACGGCUUCACUUGUCACAUUCUAUCACAUUCAUGGGCUCGGGCUGGAGACCUUCGAAUAACAAUCGUUAUUCUAAAGGGUCGACCUUGAUAAUGAGUCAUCUGACUAGAAGUAAGGGAUGGAUGUGCUUUGGCAGUCAGCUACAUGAGUCCCAUGCAGCCAGUGGCUUAGUUUCCCGUCCGCAUGAGAUUUGCUGUCACGAUCGCAGAGUAUGGAACACAUUGCAGUACAUUCACAAUGACUGGCUAAGAUACGCAUUUCAAAUCAGCCGACUAUCCUGGCUCAUUUCACAGCUGAGGCUGAGUGGAUCUAACCUUAUCCCAAGCUUUGCGUCAUGCUGUCUCCUUGAAAACCGUCCCCUUACCGAUUGGCUCAAGAAACGCAGUGCAUCGGGACCAGGGUGUUGCUUUUCGACCAGGCAGCGCUUCCAUUCAGCAGCGGAACCGAUGGAUUCGGUCACUGUGAGUUGCUUUAUGAGUUGCACGAUGCCAAGUAAUCGUUACUCACUCUCAUGAUAGAUGAUGCUGGUAUUGAUGCCCAAUGUCCGAGACGGUUGUAGUACCUCCCGUAGCUUGUUUACCAUUAACUAUACACAGGGAGCUGUUCAAUGAUAUCACUGUGCCGUUGUAGUCACUCUAAGCCAUCCGCAGGUUCGGCGCGGCGUUGGACGCGGGGCCCGAAAUUCGCAGUUUCUUGAUUGUACGUGUACCUUGGCGUCUCCGAUAGCGGUUGCGCGAAAAUAUCCAUCCUCUGGUUUGGUAAAAUUGUUAGAAAACGAAGAUCCUAGAGGUCUUUGGUUGACUUCCCUUGGGAUCAACAUCAG